AUCGAACAGCUCUAGUUCUCACUACAACCCGGAAGGAGACGGGGCCGAGCUUUGUGUUUGUGGUGUGCGGUGUUGUGUCCGGGCGGACUGUGAGCGCGGUGAUGAUGGCAUUUGGACGGCCAGGAUAAAAAAGUUUCAACAGUUGUAAUGUGAAGGCUGUUUUAGACCCAGUCUUCCUAUGUAUCCACAUCAGCAGGAUCAUAUAAGACUGAAUCCAUGCUUUCUGAUGAGCUUGACUCCAAACCUGAGCUGCUGGUUGAGUUUGUGCAGAACGCCUCCAUACCGUUGGGCCAGGGCCUGGAGGAAUCAGACCCUAAGACACCGUGUCUACCUCUCCUUGCCUCUUCUGAAAACUCCAUAUGCAGCCAGCUAGACCUUCAAGAGAGUACUCUUAGCCAUGCGGCUUCUCCAUCACUGUCAGAGUUUGGGCCAGAGCGAAGCCCCCUGGUUGUGCAGCUUCAGUCUCACUCCCCAACGACAAGCCCACCGGCACUACUUCAGGAACUUCAGCAACCAGACAGCACCUCUUAUGUCCUGCUCAACCUUGCUAAAGGGUUGGCAGCAUCCGCGGAGCCGCUGGUGUUUGUGCAGGAUGACGUGGAUGAGGCAGAGGAGGAGAUUUCUGCAGGAGAGUGUGGAGAUGGGAGCGCCCCGUGGUACCUGCGGGUGCAGGAGUUGGCCCACGACAGCCUGAUCGCUGCCACCCGAGCCCAGCUGGCAAAGGAAGCCAGGGCUAGUAGCAACAGUGACCAUAUUCACAGCUACCAGACAGAGGCACCAAAAAAGGAGCAACCACCACGGAACAGUCGUACAUCUGCAGAGAAGAUUCUUAGGUGUCCUUAUGAGAACUGCCACAGGACAUUUACCUGGCCUGCACAUCUGAAGUAUCACCUUAAAACACACAGGAAUGACCGCACAUUCCGCUGCGGAGCUGAGGGCUGUGGAAAGAGCUUUUACGUGCUGCAGAGACUGCAGGUGCACAUGAGGACGCACAAUGGCGAGAAACCCUUCAUUUGUAAUGAGAAGAACUGUGGCAAAAAGUUUACCACAGCCGGUAACCUGAAGAACCACAAACGUACACAUACUGGUGAGAAGCCCUUCCUUUGUGAAGCAGACAAUUGUGGACGUUCCUUUGCAGAAUACUCCAGCCUACGCAAACACAUGCUGGUGCAUUCUGGAGAGAAGCCUCAUCAGUGUUCCAUAUGCGGGAAGACGUUCUCUCAGAGUGGCAGCAGAAACGUCCACAUGAGGAAGCGUCAUGGAGAGGAUGCUCUCAGUUCAGAAAGCAGAGAAACAGGAGAGGCUCUGACUCACAGCAGUUUGUUAGAGGCUGAUGGUGCGGUUGGUGAGUCCAUGGUAACCAUGACAACAGUUGUGGAGCCAGUUAAUCUACACCAUGCAAUGCUGAGGGCACAAGACCCAGUCGUGGUACUCUCUCCACCUCAUGAUCUGGUCUCUGGAGGUCAUGGUUAUGGGGAGGACGUUGUGGCAUUGCUAUAGUAGUAUUUGUAAAUAAAGUAAUUAUUGAGUUCAUGUA